CAUUUCCUCAACUCUCAUCAAAACCAAAAGUAAAUUUUCGCAGUGCAUCGUACGGUGUUAGUGUUUUUUUUGAAGUUAGUGUUCAUUACUAUCGUUUUUGACUAGUAAGUGAUUUAAAGUAGGUAACACUUAAGUCACUAUGAGCCUCGUCUGGAGUUUAAUCGCUUCGUUUCUGUACGCGGAAAUAAUCAUCGUGCUGCUACUGGUUCUACCGGUGGCCAGUCCCCAGCGAUGGCAGCGAUUCUUCAAGUCCCGUUUCCUAGCAAUGCUGAGUAGACAAGCACAAACCUAUUUUUAUCUGCUACUGUUUGUGCUGGUCCUGUUCCUGCUGGAAGCGGUUCGUGAGAUGCGGAAGUACUCGCAUAUCGAUCCGGCCGCCGAACAGCAUCUGAAUGUCAAUAUGCAGCACAGCAUGCGUCUGUUCCGUGCUCAACGAAAUUUCUAUAUUUCUGGCUUUGCCAUCUUUCUUACGCUGGUCAUUCGUCGUUUGAUUUCGCUCAUCACGGCUCAGGCUCUACUCCUAGCUCAGUCGGAAGCGUCCAUGAAACAAGCUCAGAGUGCCACUGCCGCCGCCCGCAGUCUGCUGAGCCAACAGAAAAAGGAAGAGGAAACAGGAGACAAACCGAAACCUUCUGCCCCAUCGGGUGAUGAUAUUAACGUUGAUGAGUUGAAGAAACGAAUUGCUGAACUUGAAAGUGAGGUAACACGGGAGCGUAAGGACAAGGAAGCAAUGAAAUCCCAAUCGGAGAGCCUCAAUCGCGAGUACGAUCGGCUAACUGAAGAGUACAGCAAACUGCAGAAACGAAUCGCUAUCACUAGUGAAGAUAAAAGUGACUAAAUUGAAUGUGAACAUUUAACUUUUUUUACAAUGUUAUUUUUCAUACAAUUUCAGUACAUAGUUGAUAAUGCCUUUGGGUUGUUUUUGCCAUCUUUCUUACGUUCAAACCAGACACAAAAUUUCUGUUUGUAUUUAAUUUUUAUUGCUUAUAAAUUUAAGUAAUUUUCUAUUUAUCGUUAUCCAAAAAAUCCGUCUUUAUUGAAAUGCAUGCGGAUAAUUCUGGGAAGCAUUUUUGAUUGAUCUACUAAUUAACUGGUUAAUCCAUCUCUAAUCUAAUGGACUGUGGGACAUCAAAGAAAAAGUGUGGUAUCUGAUACUCAAAUUAAAGAAAAAGUCGAAUGUUUUGUAAAAGACCGACGUAUGAAUAGGUCAAGCUCUUAUUCAAUUACAAUAAAAACUUACCU